AUGACCACCGGCAGGAAUAACCGAGUCAUGAUGGAAGGAGUGGGAGCCAGAGUUAUCCGCGGACCGGACUGGAAGUGGGGGAAGCAGGACGGAGGAGAGGGCCAUGUGGGCACCGUGAGGAGUUUCGAAAGCCCCGAAGAGGUGGUGGUGGUGUGGGACAACGGCACCGCCGCAAAUUACCGCUGCUCCGGGGCUUACGACGUGAGGAUCCUCGACAGUGCGCCCACAGGUAUCAAGCAUGACGGCACCAUGUGCGACACCUGUCGGCAGCAGCCGAUCAUCGGCAUUCGCUGGAAGUGUGCGGAGUGCACCAACUAUGACCUGUGCACCACCUGUUACCAUGGCGACAAACACCAUCUGCGGCACAGGUUCUACCGUAUUACUACACCGGGCAGUGAAAGGGUGCUUUUGGAGUCUCGACGCAAAUCAAAGAAGAUCACAGCCCGCGGCAUCUUUGCUGGAGGCCGAGUGGUGCGGGGAGUGGACUGGCAGUGGGAGGACCAGGAUGGGGGCAACGGCAGGAGAGGAAAGGUGACGGAGAUUCAGGACUGGAGUGCAGCCAGCCCCCACAGUGCAGCCUACGUCCUCUGGGACAACGGGGCCAAGAACCUUUACCGAGUCGGCUUUGAGGGCAUGUCAGACUUGAAAUGUGUGCAAGAUGCUAAAGGGGGCACGUUCUACAGAGACCACUGUCCAGUGUUGGGUGAGCAGAAUGGGAACCGGAACCCGGGUGGCCUGCAGAUCGGAGACCUGGUCAACAUCGACCUGGACCUGGAGAUUGUUCAGUCUCUGCAGCACGGCCAUGGAGGCUGGACUGACGGAAUGUUCGAGACACUCACCACCACCGGCACCGUGUGUGGCAUUGAUGAGGACCAUGACAUUGUUGUCCAGUAUCCCAGCGGCAACAGGUGGACAUUCAACCCGGCUGUACUGACAAAAGCCAACGUGGCGCGCAGUGGGGAGGUGGCGGCUGGUGCUGAGGGAGGGAGUUCUCAGUUCAUGGUUGGAGACCUGGUCCAGAUCUGCUACGACAUUGACCGCAUCAAACUGCUGCAGAGGGGCCAUGGGGAAUGGGCUGAAGCCAUGCUUCCGACUCUGGGUAAAGUGGGCAGAGUGCAGCAGAUCUAUUCUGACAGUGACCUGAAAGUGGAGGUGUGUGGCACUUCCUGGACCUACAACCCAGCUGCUGUCACCAAAGUGGCCCCUGCUGGCUCUGCUGUUACCAAUGCCUCUGGAGAGCGUCUGUCUCAGCUGCUGAAGAAGCUGUUUGAGACUCAGGAGUCUGGAGAUAUUAAUGAGGAGCUGGUGAAGGCAGCAGCCAAUGGAGACCUGGCUAAAGUGGAGGACAUCUUGAAGAGACCAGAUGUGGACGUGAACGGUCAGUGUGCUGGACACACAGCCAUGCAGGCGGCCAGCCAGAACGGCCACGUGGACGUGCUGAAAUUACUGCUGAAACACAACGUGGACCUGGAGGCUGAGGAUAAAGAUGGAGAUCGAGCAGUCCAUCAUGCUGCAUUUGGAGACGAGGGGUCUGUCAUUGAGGUGCUGCAUCGAGGCGGCGCCGACCUGAAUGCCAGAAACAAGCGGCGACAGACACCACUGCACAUUGCUGUCAACAAGGGCCACCUCCAGGUGGUGAAGACCCUGCUCGACUUCGGCUGCCACCCCAGUCUUCAGGACUCAGAAGGAGACACACCUCUGCAUGAUGCCAUCAGCAAGAAGAGGGAUGACAUGCUGUCGGUUUUGCUGGAGGCUGGUGCUGACGUCACCAUCACCAAUAACAAUGGCUUCAAUGCCCUACAUCACGCUGCGCUCCGGGGGAACCCCAGUGCCAUGCGUGUGCUGUUGUCCAAACUGCCCAGGCCCUGGAUAGUGGAUGAGAAGAAGGAUGAUGGGUACACUGCCCUUCACCUGGCUGCUCUGAACAAUCACGUGGAGGUGGCAGAACUUCUAGUACACCAGGGAAGUGCCAGUCUUGACAUACAGAAUGUAAACCAGCAGACGGCGUUGCACUUGGCCGUGGAGCGGCAGCACACUCAGAUCGUGCGGCUGCUGGUUAGAGCUGAGGCUAAGCUGGAUGUGCAGGACAAGGAUGGGGACACGCCACUGCACGAGGCCCUGCGUCACCACACGCUGUCCCAGCUACGCCAGCUCCAGGACAUGCAAGACGUCAGCAAGGUGGAACCCUGGGAGCCCUCCAAGAACACGCUGAUCAUGGGACUGGGAACUCAAGGAGCAGAGAAGAAGAGUGCCGCCUCCAUCGCCUGUUUCUUGGCCGCCAAUGGAGCCGACCUCACCAUCCGCAACAAGAAAGGCCAGUCUCCCCUGGACUUGUGCCCUGACCCCAGCCUCUGCAAGGCACUGGCCAAGUGUCACAAGGAGAAGACCAGUGGUCAGGUGGGCUCCCGUAGCCCGUCUCUAAACAGCAACAAUGAGACACUGGAGGAGUGUAUGGUUUGUUCAGAUAUGAAGAGGGACACACUGUUCGGUCCCUGCGGCCACAUCGCCACCUGCUCUCUCUGCUCACCGCGAGUCAAGAAGUGUCUCAUCUGUAAGGAACAGGUCCAGUCCAGGACCAAGAUUGAGGAAUGCGUGGUGUGCUCGGACAAGAAAGCAGCCGUCCUCUUCCAGCCCUGCGGUCACAUGUGCGCGUGUGAGAACUGUGCCAGCCUGAUGAAGAAGUGUGUGCAGUGUCGGGCGGUGGUGGAGCGGCGCACGCCUUUCGUCUUGUGCUGUGGAGGGAAAGGUAUGGAGGAUGCCACUGAUGAUGAGGACCUUACCAGUGGAAAUAUCCCAGCUCUGCAAAGGGACAAGGACAACACUAAUGUCAACGCAGACGUGCAGAAGCUCCAGCAGCAGCUGCAGGACAUCAAAGAGCAGACCAUGUGCCCGGUGUGUCUGGAUCGGCUGAAGAACAUGAUCUUCAUGUGCGGCCAUGGCACGUGCCAGCUGUGCGGCGACCGCAUGAGCGAGUGCCCCAUCUGCCGGAAGGCGAUCGAGCGGCGGAUCCUGCUCUACUAGAGCUCCGGCUCCGUCACCUCCUCGCUCUUCAUCCACAGUACCGGCUCCCGCGUCUUGCAAGGCUUUCUGUGGCUCACUUUAAGCUAAGAGUCAUCAGUGUUAUGUUAACUCUUUCUCUUUAUUAUUUUAAUUAUUUUUUUGUUGUUUUUUAAUUUCCUUUUACCCAACCUGGACUCAAAUGUAUUCAAUGCCUCAAGGUUAAAUAUUCUGUUUGUCCUCAGAUUUUUUUGUUCUUUUAUUCACUACAUUGUUGGAGAAACCAUUUCUUGUUAUGCUCUUUUUUUACUGUCGAGGGCUUUUGGCUUUCUGAAAUAUUAGAGACGGUUGAGAGCUACAACCACUCUACUAGUCUUAUGAUCUCAAAUGGAUACUCUAGCAUCCAACCAAAUCUCUUUUUGCUGGCACAUACAGUCAUUCACGUCAGCACGUUUCCCUGUAAAAGAACAGAAAAACCAAAACACGCACCUGCCCGUUGACUUUUGUGUUCUGAGUAGAUGGGCUUUCUGUACAAGGAAAUUGUAUGCAGUCAUCAGCUGUACAAUAUAAAUAUGGGAGAGAGAUUAGAUUGAAAAACACUGGCGUGUUUCUUUAAAGGGGAAUUCCAGUGAUUUUUUUUCCCCUAAAUUUUCUCCACAAUUCAAUCUUUUAGAUAUAAACAAAAUAAUUCAGAGUGAUUUCAUGUGAAAUGGUGCGUCAUAGGGAAAUUAUAUGACCCCCUAGAGAUUCCUCUACAGUGGUGGUGAUAGGAACCAGGGGUUGCAGUGUCUACAACACAAAUGUAGCCACGUUUAUUUGCUUUCGGAAGUAUCUUCUCAGUUUUUCUAUGUGAUGUCGACGGUAAAAUAGUGGUAAAUCUGAAAAUAAAAAAUUCUAUGUCGGCUAUUUUGCCUCACAACUCCCUGCAUGUACCUCUCUACCUUGAAUGGCUUUAAAAUGUGUUUUAGGCCUAAACUGUGUCUCAGCCAUCAGGCAGUGUAUUCACAACCGUUUCAUGGGGUAAUGUGUUGUGAAGGAGCUUCUAGAAUGGCAUAUUUCACAUCAAACCACUCUGAAUGACUUUGUUUAAAUCUUAACCGUUUAGUUAUUCAGAGAUUUUGAAAAAUCUGUGGAACACUGCAAGGUUUGGAGAGCCAGGCCCAGCGCAAGGAUUCAUUUCAUGCCAGUUCUUUCUAUACAGCUUUUAAUGAGCAUCUGUAUGGUCUUUCUUAGUGUCAGCCCUCAUUUGCAAGCCUCAAACGUCUUGCCACUUGCCACUUUUCCUCCAUUUUCUUUCUAAUGUAUUGUACUAUAUGGCCUGCCGCAAACGCAUCUGUAGCCGCAGUGUCAGUGAUCAGUGUGAGUGUUCAGCCAGCGUGGUGACGGUAAAGAAACGUCUUGAACACUAAAACCCGUCACUUUAUUGUCAAAACUGCCUGAGACCCAUACGCUGCCAUUUAGAGUUUGGAAUUUUGUAGUAUCUACAUUAAGUGAAAUCCCCUCUUUUUUUUCUUUUCCUAAGCCAUGAUUUUAAAAUCAUGCGUGAAACUAGAAUACAUUGCAAAACAACACGUAACAUCGACCUCCAUUCACUCUGGUACUUGCAUGUGAUAGUCUACAGACCAGCUAUACUACAGUAUACAGGCUGAGUAUUAUUGUCACAUAUUUGGUGGAAGUACUAAGGAUGGAAGAUCAAGGCCGGUCAAUACAGCUUACCCUCAUUGUCUUAAAAUGGAAGUCCUGCUGUGUUUUUGUGGCUGUAUUACGAGGCGUUGACGGAAGAGUCUGCUAAUAACCAUUGAUUUGUGUUGUUCCAAAAAAAAAAAAUUAAACUAGUUUCUGGGGAUAAGGUGCUGUUUUACCUUUUUACUGUCUUUAUUUAUGUUUUUCAUCUUUUUAAUUAAAAAAAUAGACUGAACUAGGGUGUACAAUCUAAUAUAAAGCCAAGAAGAGGUAUAAGAGAAUUUUUUUCUAUGGUUACCAGCAAGUAGGAAACUAGGUUUUUAUGGUAGUUUUUCUUUCACUCGUCUUACCUUUUGUCACAAGGAAAAACAAGUUUGUAGCCUGAGAACUAUUUACCAAAACACUGUAUCGUUCUGCGCUUGUAGUUCACGCCUUUAGAAGAUUGGGAUCACAGUUCUGUUCUGCUAUAACUUCCAUCUUGUUUACCAACAGUGUUUCAAAUCAUGCUGAGUCUUUAAAGAAGUUGAGUGAAAAUAAAAAAGGUUCUGUCUAGUCUCUGUAAUCCUGUGGAGCCGUUUCCACGUCAGCAGAAUCUGUAUCGAGAUGGCAUGUUCCAUCUUCCAGCUUAUCAGACUCCUAUUUUUUUGUUUGUUUAUUUUUAAAGAUGGAGAAGAAAAAAAGUAGCUUCAUACUUUUGCCUUUUUAAGAUUUUGUAUCAUUUUCAGUGAUCAUGUUAACAUUCAAUGCUUAGAUGCACUAAUGUACUUUAAUGGUAGUAUUGUGUUGUAUUGUCAUGGUUACUUAAAGGCCUAUUUUGUAUCUUAUUUUCACUACAUAAAGACUUCCAGGUUUAAAGGUUUCCAUACAUUUUUUUUUUUUCUUUUUUUUCUUUUUUUGGCAUGAAUGUUUGAUGUAUGCAGUACAUUUAUCAUGGAAAACAGCAGUUCACUAUGUAUUGCAAAGUGCUUUUGAGAAGAAAUGCAUUGCUGAAUAAAGAUCUAAUGGAACCACACAGUGA